AUGGAUUCUCUCUCUCUCUUCCCAAAGGGAGACACAGCAGAAGAGAGAGAAAAAGCAAUAGAGACCAUCUAUUUAUCCGAUGGAUACUUUCCACCUCUACAUCAUAUCAAUCUAUUUUCUCGUGUGAAUUUCUUGAGGGAAUGUUUUUCUCUUCCUCCUGAGGCGCGAGCUCUUCAUUUUCAAGAUUGGAAGAAAAUAAUGAUCAAGCAUCUGCUGCUCUUUUGCUUGCUGAUCCAUGUGAUUCAUGGAGCAGAAAAACUGGGAGCUUCUCCUCCUCGUUUAAAGAGGAAAUGGCUGACACUACAUGGUGGUGAGCCUGUGAUAGUUGCAAAUGGAGGGAUGUCUGGUGUUUUUCCUGGGAGCAGUUGGUUGGCAUAUAGUUAUGGCGUGCAACAGACUAUACGGGGCUCUCCAGUCCUGUGUGAUCUGAAGCUUACCAAGGAUAAUUUUGCUUAUUGUCUCACCAGAAUGAUGCUUCAGAACACAACAAACAUUGCUGAUAUCUUCCCUAAUGCACGAAAAACCUAUGAUGUCAAUGGCAAAAGGCUUACAGGAUGGUUUGGACAUGAUUUUGAUGCUGAAGUGCUAUUUGAAAAUGUAACAUUGAUGCAAAACCUUUACACUCGACCUUCAAGUUACGAUAACUACUUUGGAUUAACUCAACCGGAGACGCUGGAGCAUCUGGCGGCAGAAAAAGAAAGGACCAAAGUAUGGAUAAAUGUGGAGUAUGACAUGUUCUAUAAACAACACAAACUGAGUGUAGAAUCAUAUCUUGAUAAAAUUCUGCCUGGGGUAAAAGUAGAAGUUCCUUACCUUUCAUCCCCAGAAAUCGGUUUCUUGAAGAGUAUUGGACCAAAAUUUCGUGCAAAAGGAACAAAGCUUUUAUUAAAGUUUCCAUUAGAUAUAAAUGUUGCUGAGCCCUCAACAAAAGAGAAGUAUGGAUCAGUGUUGAAGAAGCUGAACAUGAUCAAGACCUUUGCAGCAGGAAUCCUUGUCCCAAAAGAAUAUAUAUGGCCAGUCAAUGAAAAACGGUAUCUAAAGCCUGCUACCACUCUUGUCACUGAUGCCCACAAAUUAGGUCUUGAAGUGUUUGCUUAUGGCUUUGCAAACGAUUUCUAUCUUCCUUACAACUAUAGCCUUGAUCCAACAAAGGAGUACCUGCAGUUUGUUGACAAUUCUCACUUCUCUGUUGAUGGAGUGAUCACAGAUUUUUGCUCAACCGCAUCAAAUGCCAUAGGAUGCUUGUCUCAUAACAGGAAUGCUUCAAGAGCAUUGAAACGCUUGGUGAUUUCUCAUAAUGGAGCUAGUGGUGACUAUGCUGGAUGCUCGGAUCUUGCUUAUCAGAAAGCUGUAGAUGAUGGUGCUGACAUAAUUGAUUGUAAUGUCCAGUUCUCAAAAGAUGGAGUUGCAUUCUGUCUAGAUUCACCUGACCUUAAGUUCACAACCACAGCAGGAUCGGAAUUAAUGGAUAAAGUGAACCAGAUUCCCGAGGUUAAUAUGGGGCAACCGGGCAUUUUCUCCUUUGAUCUUACCUGGGAGGAAAUCAAGUCCCUAAAGCCUAAAAUCAACUCUCCAUAUGAUGCGCCAUUGGACAGGAAUCAUGCUUACCUGUUUGCCGGAAAGUUUGUGACUCUGCCAGAAUUCUUGGAAUUUGCCAAGGCAAAAGCAGUAACUGGAAUUAUGAUUGGAAUAGAAAAUGCUGUUUACCUUGCAACAAAGGGAUAUGACAUUAUUGGCACUGUCAACUCUGGAUUAACCAAUGCUUCAUUCAAUAAUCAAACCAAAUAUAAGGUGAUGAUCAAGGCAUACGAAAGCGCGGUGCUGAAAAAGUUCAAGAACGACUCCCAUUACGAAACAGUAUUAGACUUCAGAAAGGACAUCGGCAAUGUGCCCCAUGCAGUGGCAGCAGAAAUCAGCAAGUACGCUGAUUCAGUAGCCAUACGCAGAAAUUCGCUGGUGGAGGAAUAUGGUGACCCAUUUUUCAUGAGCAGUGGCUUUUCAAACGCUGUUGAGGCAAUGCAUAAAGCUAAUAUCACUGUCUACUCUUCAAAUCUCAAGAACGAGUUCCAGACCUUCCUUUUCGAUUUCAACAGUGAUCCUUACCUAGAGAUUGCUACCCUUGUUACUCAUGGCGUCGAUGGAUUCAUAACUGAUUUCCCAGGCACUGUAGUUUCAUUCAUGAGAUCACCAUGUAAUAAAAAAGCAAAACUUCCCUUUAGCUUCACUGCAGUUAUACCUGGACAACUGUUCAACGCUUCAAUAUUGUCAAUGAUGGAAAAUCCUGAUUCAAAGACCUUAAACAAAAUCGUCUAUCCUAACCUGUCUGCUAAAUCCAUCAACACUGAAGCAAUACCGCCUGUGGCGGCCCCAGGAGCCUCCAACCCGCCCUCCCCGGAUACACCCACUGACAACACACCUGCCGGUUCUCCACCUAAACACUCUUCAAGCACAACUACAGGACUUGCACCUCUUCUCUUCCUUGUGGCCUUGGCAGCAGGAAUCCUUCAAGUUAUUCUUUCUUACUAGAAUAAGUAAUUAAAUGCUUCUUCUUGUAUCCUUCAACUUAAUUGCUCACACUGUCAAGUGUAAACCACACACUCUCAUUUAUGAAAGUUUAAUGGAAAUCAUAGCCAAAGAGCUCAUUACUCCUCAA